AUGAAAGAGCCUCCUUCUAGCUUUACGCCUUCGCAUUAUACAAUCGGAUGGAUCUGCACUUUACGAAAAGAGCAAAAAGCGGCACUAUACAUGCUCGAAGAUAGGCAUGAGGAUGUCUUAAAUCUAGAAAGCGAAAACAUCUGGUAUACACUUGGAAAUAUUAGCGGGCACAAUGUUGUUAUUGCUUGUCCGCUUUUACCUUACAGUGCAGCGAAAACUGCAGCACAGAUGAUUUCCGAAUUUCCAUAUAUCAAAGUCUGCCUAAUUAUAGGAAUCGGCAGCGGCAUUCCUCCAACAGUUCGACUAGGGGAUGUAGUUGUCAGCUGUGCUAAGAAUGGGGAUCCUGCAGUUCUGCAAUGGACCAUGGUGAAUGCAGAGAAAGACGGACAAUUUAAGCGGACAGGCAGUUUGAGUAAUCCUCCAACAGCACUGUUGACAGCCAUGACCAAGCUUGAGGCUAAUCCAACCGAGUCUCAUGGCAAGGUGCUUAGUUAUGUCAACCAUAUUAAAACUCGAGAUGGCGUACCAAGGAAUUUUAUCAAAUCUCACUUGCACCAGGAUCUGCUCUUCAAGCCAGGCUACAGCCACGUUAGCAGCACCCCAGACCCUGAUGGAGAAGAUGAUAGAGAAAGUGAAGAGGACGACUGUCGAUUUUGUGAUAAAUCAAUGAUCGUCUACAGGGCGCCAAGAGAGGAGAACAUCAUGAUUCAUUAUGGUCUGAUUGCAUCGGGAAACCAAGUCAUUAGAGACGCCAACAUCCGAGAGAAAUUCAAAGAAUUCAACAGGAACAUCCUUUGUGUUGAGACAAAAGCUGAAGGCUUAACGGACGACUUUCCUUGUGUCGUUAUCCGAGGCAUUUGCGAUUAUGCAGACUCGCAUAAAACUGAGAGAUGGGAGAAGUAUGCUGCAAGUACGGCAGCAGCAUAUGGGAAAGCACUUCUCACAGUGCUGCCGGUGAAUGAUGUUAAAUUGCACGCGAUUGAGGACAAGUAA